UUGUCCCAGAUCAAUGCGCUGGCAUGGUGGAGGUGAUGGUGGUGGCGGCGGUGGCAGUAGCAAGCAGCUGCUCGCCGUUCCGUCCGACUUUCGCGAUCCCAUUGAGGAUGUUCUCCCCCAUGUAAAACGCCAGCAUUUUAAGCAUGAAUGCCGCGGGACGUCUGCAAACGUAGAUCCGCUUCUUCAAACACUGGGCAAAUGUAAACAGCUCAAAAAAAAACUUUCUUUAAAAAAACAGCAAAAAAGAGAAAAGCUUGCACGAUUCGUUGUUGCAUGAUGAUCGCUCAUAGUCGGAUCUUUCAGUGGACUUGAUGAAGAAACAUUGGGAUAUAUAUAAGAAAAAGAACGAACGCUUCAUGCAGCUUAAUACUGUGCUGAACUCUGGAAGGCGCUGGGUUGCAAUGAGUUAGUUAUCACAACCCUUAUUUUUUUGUUUGUUUUCUGUUGCUUUAUUUAUUUCCGAAGGCAAAGCGGCAUAAGAUCGUCGCUCGCGUGUCCUGUGCAAUUUUCUUCGCCUGUGUGUGUGUGUGUGUGUGUGUGUGUGUGUUUAUAUUUUGCCGGCUGUUGGGAAGAUUUCACACGCACACUCACACACCUACAGAUACAGCGAUAAGAAAAGUUGUCCUGGAUAAUUGUGUUUGCAAAGGAUGGGGGAUUUCGUGGCCCCCGCGGCUGCAAACGGCAACAGCCCUGCGAUCGCCGGUAACACCAGCGGCGGUAUCCCCAAGCACAGCACCGUGGUGCAGAGGCUCCGGCAGCGGAUCGAGGGCUUCAGGAAGCACCAUAACAACUGCGAGGUGAGGCGCCAGCAAGCCCAGGCUCAACAGAUUGAACUGGACCGCCAGGAGACCUUGACGCUCCACCAGAGGUGCCUGGAGCUCAAGGCGAAGAAGACGGGCAAGAACAAACAGGACGGAGCUUACAGGAGCAAACUCUGCGAGCCCGAACCUCCUUCCGCUCUGGCCGCCUUACCGGCGGUCGCGGAUCAGAGGACCAGCACUCUGAUCGCGCUUCAAGAAACGGUAAAGAGAAAACUCGAAGGUGCCCGUUCGCCACUUAAUGGAGACCUACAAAAUGGAGUUUCUGACAGCAGUUUCUCCCCAAACAGCAAGCGAGUCCGAAAAGAGGGAUCUGGGGUAGACCAGAGCAACAGCCUCUCCAACAACGUCCCUAUACCUUCGGUUUCUCCCCUGCACCAAAUUGACCUGAAGCAAUCACUUCCAAUAUCUACCAGUGGAAAUAAUUCAACAGGGUUUGACGAUGGUAAUAAAGAGGGCAGGCAUCCGAGGUUGAGCUUACAGGCCAAUGGCACCAGAGAGGAUGACGACUUCAACUUAAUAUUAGCCAAGGAUCUUAAGCAAGAGCCAAUUGAUGAUCCAAGUUGUAUAGACUCUUCGGAUGCUUCCCUUCUCCAUCAAAAUAAACUGUUCUCAGAUAUCAAUCUUAAUGAGCAAGAGUGGCAGGAGUUAAUCGAUGAACUAACAAGCACAGUUCCAGAAGAUGACAUGCAUGACCUUUUUAAUGAAGACUUUGACGAAAAGAAGGAGAUGGAGGUUAUUAGGCCCACGUCUCAGACCCCAGUCCCACCAGAUAGCACAAACAUAAAGAGUGAGAUGUGCCAGUCUCCUUUUAAUCAGUUAUCAAUGGGAUCUCCACAGGUUAGACCAUCUUCUUCAGGCCCUCCAUUUUCCAAUGUCUCUACGGUCUCCAGUGUGUCCUCUGUGUCAAGUAUUUCGUCACUUUCUGCACCCGCUACGUCACCAGUGACAUCUGCAAGUCAACCCUCACAGCAAGCCCCAAGUCAGAGUCAAGCACAUGCAAGGUCAGGAAAUGGCUUUUUAAUGACGACGUCUUCCGGUUCAGGGUCAGGACAGGGACCGGGUCCUGGGCCUGGACCUGGACCCGGGCCAGGGCCGGGGCCAGGAUCUGGUCCAGCAGCUCUACCGUCGACCAGUUCUGACCUUUCCCGAGCCGAACAGUUGAAGCAAAUGGCUGCCCAGCAACAGCAACGAGCGAUGCUGCUGCAGCAAAAGCAGCAGCACACACAGCCGCACCAGCAGAAUCAGGCACCUGGUUGGUCCCCUGCAGCUCCGUCACACAGUCCCUUUGGAGGCACCUUCAUUCCAGACAAACCAAAUAGCCCAAUGAUGUACCCACAGGCCUUUAAUAAUCAAAAGCCUAUGGUGCCUGCUAUGACAAGCAACCCUCAGAAGGCCAUGAAUAACUACCUCUCACAAAACCACAUGAACAUAAUGAAUCAACAGCCAAAUACUAUGGGGCAAACCUCUGGGAACAAACAGCCUAUGCUUUCAUAUGCUAACACUAAGCCACUGUCUCAUUAUAAUAUUGAGCCCGUGGGCCAGAGAAUGACCCCGCCAAUGGCUAAUCAGAACAAAGCUCCCAUGAUGCCCUACCUGCAGCAACAGCAGCCGCAAGUUCAACCUCAGGCUUCUCAUAUUAGUGAGGAAGAGAAGCGCAUGCUGUUAAUGAAGCAGAAAGGACUCCUUCCCCAGACAAUACCUUAUGGAGCACUGCCAAGCCAUGGUCCGGAUCAGAAUCCGGUGGGAGCUUCUCGGCCGGCAGGAUCCAUCCAGCCCCCUGUUCCAGGUCCUGGCACUGGGGCCCCAGUGCCCGGCUCCAUGACUGGUAACCCUGGAGGCCCAGGUUACCUUGGAAACCAGCAGCAGGCAGUCAUGAUGAAACAGUUGUUGAUGGAGCAAGAGAGACAGAGAAUGCAUCAGAUUCACAUGAUGGAGCAGCAAAAGCAGCAGCUAUUCAGGGAGCAGAGGCAGCAGCAGCAGUUUCUGGCAGAACAGCAACAGCAGCUACAACAACAGCAGCAUGAACAGAUGCAACGACAUCUCCCCAGACCACAUCCACAGUGCAAGGACCAGCAAAGGAAUCCAUAUCCUGUUCAACAGGUCAACCAGUUCCAAGGUACAGCCCAGGAAUUGGCGACAGCAAGGAGUCAAGCUCUCCAGAAUGUGAGAAGUCCCAGAAUGAUGGCACAGAAUCAGGGCAUGAUGCAGAUGACACCAGUCCAGAAUUCUGGUACGAUACCUGCCACCACUGGCCAGUCAGAGAUUGGCAUGGUACCCUACAAUAAUGCCCAGAGCAAUCAACAAGGAAUGUACAGUAUGAGCCCAGGCAUGAACCAAAUUCUUCAGCAUUCAAACCAAAGUAAUGCGAACAUGGCACGUAACGUUAGCCAGAUGCAGAAACAGCCUGUUGCAGGACAAGGGGUUGGAAUGGUAGCUGGUUAUGGACAAAACUUACUUGGAAACCCUGUGUUGGCCCAACAGCAACAAGUGAAAGGACCGGUAGGGCAGCAGAUGUCCAAGGCUCAAAUUCAAAGACUACAACUAAUCGCAAGUUCCGGUUCUCCGGCUCAGAGUUGGCAGCAACAUAGUUUACAGAACUUGCCCAACAGAACUCAGGCUAACAAUGAGCUCAAUCCAUUCAACAACAAAUCAGCUUAUCCAAUGCAACCUGGUCAACCCAAGAUGGCCAAGCAACAUUUUUCCCAGGCAAUGGGUCAGCCAGUUCUUGAGUCUGCUGGUGCAGUUGGAGGACAAAUGAUGCCUCAUUUUGGAGGACAGCCAAGGACCAACCAGUCUAGACAAAUAGUUAUGUCUGGCAUGACCCAGACAGUCCACAAUAUGACUGGUUUUAACCAGGCCACAGGGCAACAGUUGGCAGGAGGCUGCUAUGCACAAAGUAACCCGAGUCAAGGGUAUCAUACAAGAACCACAAGUCAGGACUUGUCCUUCAAUUAUGCCAGCCAAUCAGGGGCUGGUUCCUUCUCUAAUUUAACAGACAGUGUAGAUCUGAUGGACUCUCUAAUCAAAAGUGGAUCAACAGAAGGCUGGAUGCAAGAGUUUGAUGAAAUAUUUGGUAGCCAGCAGUAGAUGAGUUUUCAAUUAUUAAAAAGCUGUUAAAUUACGGCUUCCUCUAAAUAAAAGUGUUUAGGGACCAAGUAAAGUAGACCUAGUUUUGUAGUUGCACUGCUGUUGCAUUACGGUGCUGAUGUACAUGUAGACGUGAUACAAACUGUAAUGGUUUCAUGUAAAUAGGUUUUUUAUAAGUCCAAAUAUAAGGCUUACCAUUGGGUCUACUUCCUGUAAAGAAUGGCUCUUUGUUUAACAAAAUAUUGAAGUAUUUUUAUUUCAUUUUACAGUUUUCAAUUCAUCAACAAAGCAAUGAUAUUGCACCAGACAAUAUCUUACUAAUUAUUUGUACUGUAAACUCUAAACAGAUGUGCUCAUUGGAUACAAUUUUUUUCUAGAUUUCAUUUUUACUCUGUACCUUAAGCAGUGCUUGGAACCUGAGCUCCAUUCUUUUUAAACCUGUACAGAAUCCUCUACUGUGUAAAAGUGUGAUGUUGAAUAAUUUUUUUUGGAGUGGGGGUUGGUUGGGGGUGGAAAAUGUUAUGUCAAUGAAUCAUGAGAUCUUAUUAAAAAAGAAUUUUAAUGUGA